GCUAUGUGCAAACUGCAGGGGUGAGACUUUUCAUGUCAGACAUUAUUUGAAUUAAUAUGAAAUUGGAAUACACAGUGAAAUGAACAAUAUUCCUUCCUAUUUUGGGUUUUAGUGUGAUGUUUGUUUUGUCAGGGAGUGGAGCUGCUGGCAGCAUGGUGGAUAAGUAGUGUGUCUGCUUUACAGUUAUGAGGUUCGAUUCUAGGGCUCUGGCCAUCCUGGAGUAUGUAUGUUUUCCCUGUGCUUGUGUGAGUUUUCUUCAGGUACUCUGGCUUUCUCACACAUUUCAAAACCUGUUGGCUCAUUGAAGCCGAAGUCACAGGUGUUAAACCUGAGGUUACUACUUUGUUUCUUAAUCCUUUCAUAUGAUACAGUGCUGCGACAAAGUAUUUCUUCCUUUUCUCAAAAUUUUUAGCUUUACUUUCCACACUUUAAGAUCAUUAAACAAAUAUAAAAAAUCAUUUAAAAGAUUACGCAAGUAAAUAUAAAAUGCAGUUUUAAAAUGUUGAUUUUACUGAUGGGUAAAAAAGUAUAUUGAACGCUAACUGGCCCUGUGUGAAAAAGUAAUUGCCCCCCAUGUUAAGUCAUGAAUUCACUGUGGCUAAUCACAUAUUUUGGAAAGCUGCGUUUAUUUUCACUGAACCCGCAAGCCUGAUUACCUCCAGACCUGUUCAAUCCAGAAAUCACUUUCAUAGAACCUGUCUGACAAAAUCAAGUCAGUGAAAAGAUCUCAAAAAGCUGUAUCAAAGUGCCACAAACGAAAGAGAUUUAAAAACUGAUGAAAAGUAAUCAAGUCAAGUAAUUGACGUCUAUUAGUCUGGAACGACUGCCCCUCGAUGCACCCGGCUGUCAAACUCUUGAAGUUUGUAGACAACACCACAGUCAUCGGGUUCAUCAAAGACGGUGACGUGCCUGCGUAUCGACAGGAAAUGGAGUGGCUGGAGCUUAGGCACGGCCGACACAACCUGGAGCUGAACACGCUCAAGACUGUAGAGAUCAUUGUGGACUUCAGGAAGCAUCCUUCGCCACAGCUGCCCCUCACGCUGUCCAACUGGCCCUGUGUCAACCGUCGAAACCUUAAAAGUUCCUGGGAAUUACAGUCUCUCAGGACCUCAAGUGGGAGACCAACAUCAACUCCAUCCUCGAAAAGGCUCAGCAGAGGAUGUACUUUCUCCGGCUUCUGAGGAAGCACAGCCUGCCACAGGAGCUGUUGAGGGAGUUCUACACAGCAGUCAUCGAAUCAGUCCUGUCUUCAUCCAUCACAGUCUGGUUUGGUGCUGUCACAAAAAAGGACGAACUCCGACUGCAAUGGGCAAUCAGGACUGCCGGAAAAAUCAUUGGUACCCCCCUACCCACUCUUGAGGACUUACACGCCGCCAGAACUAAGACAAGAGCAUGCAAAAUCCUCUUGGACCCUCUACAUCCUGGUCACCACCGCUUCCAGCUCAUUCCUCCAAGGCGGCGCUAUUGAUCAAUGCAAACUAAAACCAGCAAAGAUUCCAACAGCUUCUACCCUCUUGCCACUAAAUUGCUAGAAACUAAAUGACCCUCCGUAGUGUGUUUUUAUGUCUCAAACAUAUUUAUUGUCAAACUGGCUGUCUACUGUUGUACUAGAGCGGCUCCAAAUUCCUUGGCAAAUCAGAAUCAGAAUCAGGAUCAUCUUUAUUUGCCAAGUAUGUCCAAAACACACAAGGAAUUUGUCUCCGUAGUUGGAGCCGCUCUAGUACAACAGACAGUCAAUUUACAGAGGAUUCUGACUCUGAUAGCCAGUAUCCACAAGUGAAGAAAACAUGGAACAGUGCUGAACCUUCUCAGGAAUGGCUGGCCAACAAAAACUGGCCAAGAGCACAGCAACCACUCACAAAGGUCACAAAGGAACCAAGGACAACAUCUAAAGAACUGCAGACCUCCCUUGCCUCAGUUAAGGUCAGUGUUCAUGACACAACAAUAAGGAAGAGACUGGACAAAAAUGGCAUCCAUGGCAGAUUUCCAAGGCGGAAACCACUGGUGACCAAAAAGAACAUAAAGGCUUGUCUUUCUUUUGAAGAAAACAAAAAAAAAAACAUCCGAAUGAUCCACAUUAUCAAUAUUUUAUGGACUGAUGAGACGAAAGUUGAUCUUUUUGUAAUGUGUGUGUCUCGUUACAUUUGGCGUAACUGUAACACAGCAUUUCAGAAAAAUAACAUCAUACAAGCAGUCAAACAUGGUGGUGGUAGUGUGAUGGCCUUGGGCUGCUUUGCCCAUUCAGGACCUGGACGACUUGGUGUGAUUGAUGGAGCCAUGAAUUCUGCUCUUUACCAGAAAAUCCUGAAAGAGAUUUUUUCACUCAGGCCCAGGUAGCUUUGAAUAGUUGUUUUCCCUUAAUCAAUAAAAUCACCAUUUCAAAACUGCAUUUCAUGUUUAUUUUGGUUAUCUUUGGUAUUUGCAUUAGUUUGAUCUUAAAGUGGCAAAACCUUUUUUUAUGGCACUGUAAAUUGAACGACAGUCGUACAGUGGCUAUAGUAAGUCUUCACACCUGUCAAAUGCCCGUUUUUUGUGAUAUAAAAAGAACGAGAGAUCAGUCAUUUCAAAGCUUUACCCACCAUCAAUAUGACAUACUGUAUAACCCAUACAACUCAAUUGGAGGAAAAAAUGUAAUCUUUUCGAGAGGGAAAGUAAAAUUAAACAACUGAGAUAAAUGUGGUCGCACAAUUGUUCACACCCUCAUAUAACUAGGAUGUGGCUGGACCAAGGAUUAACCAAUCACAUUUAAAGCCAAUGCUAAAUGGGAGUCAGCACACACCUGCCACCAGUGCCUCGGAUUAACCCCAAAUAAAAUUCAGAUGUUCUAGUAGGGUUUUCAAUUUUUUUGUUUGCUUUCUCGUAGGAGCCUGACGGUUUUGUGCUAACACUGUUUUUUGAACUGAUCAUAAUUCUGUCCACCUUGACUAGAGCCCUAGUUCCAGCUGAAGAAAAAUAGUUCAACCUUGGUUUUUAUCACCCCAUAACACAUUUUCUCACAUGGGUUUGGGAGAUUUCUAGUGUGUUUCUGCAAAAUUGAAACCAAUAUAGGACGAUUUUUCUACAGCUGGCAUUAGUCAAGGUGAUGGGAAUUAUGAACAGUUCCAAAUAGUGGUCGAUUUUAGCACCAAAUCUUCAGGCUUCUGCUAGAAGAAGAAAAAAAAAAAGGAAAAGCUUACUAGAACAGGUGAAAUUUAUUUGUGGUUAAUCUGGUGCACUUUAAAUGGUGGUUGACUUAACAUGACUUUUUAGUGGAACAUUUGCCUGACCUCCGUCCAGGCAGCAUGGGUUCAGUUCCCACUCAGUGACGGUGUGAAUGUCAGUGCGAAUGGUUGUUCGUGUCUGUAUGUGCCCUGCGACUGACUGGCGACCAGUUCAGGCUGUAGUCUGCCUUUCGCCCAAAGUCAGCUGGAAUAGGCUCCAGCACCCCACGACCCUGAACAGGACAAGCGGUAUUGAGAAUGGAUGAUAGGCAAUGAAAAUAUGUAGAUGGCUUUUGUUGAUACCUGUUUCUUAUGUUUAGGUAACCUGUGAUUGACAGUGUCAAUCAAAACUGUGCAUGAUUGCCUUUGUAAAGGGCUGAUUUAUGAUCCACUUUUGGCGUACCUGAUUUUGUGACCGAGUGUGUGUACACGGAGCCUGUCACCAUUCAAUUUGUUUAUAGUGGUCUCCUGUUCUGCUGUGAUAGAAUAACCAUUAUGAGACAGCCAGUAAUUGCAUCCACCCCAGCAGCAGAGUAGUGAGUGGAAAAGCACACCCCGUAGAGCGUCACUGGAGGGCAUCUAAUGACGGCCUGCGCCGGCCUCCCACCCACCCACCUGCGUGGAAAUAGCAGCCUGACAUGCAGAGGACCCCCCUCGGCCUGCGCACGAUUCCCAGAGUCAUUUUUGCCCCCAACCCCCUUCUCCCCUACCAAACACACCCUCUAAAGCCUCCAGGAGCCCUCCUACCCCUCCUAUCCAUCCAUAUGUGCCUCCAUUCUCUGCCACACAUUUUUCAUAAUUACAUAUAAUUAUUCUUUUUCCAGCGGGAGACGGAUCUGCCACCAUCUUAUUAUUUGCCAGCACCUCCAACACAAUAACUUUCACGCAUUUACAUAUUUCUCCACAAAAGUGAUAUUCUUUGAAAACCUCAUCCCCCUUUCCCCAGUGACAAAUCAGGGAUAAUUUUUCUCCCUUUUGAUUUUUUUUUUUUUUUUGAGAAGAGACGCCAUUCAUCACACGCUUAAUUAGUCAGCCCAGUUUAAAUGGCACUGGCAAUUUCAGAGCUAAGCGCGGAAGAACGGCAGAAGUCGUCGUUCGCAAUGUCUCUUGCAGGCGGGGAGCCAUUUCCUCGGUUUGUGCUUACUCCUAAUUUCCAGCAGUAGCAUCCUCCUCAUCAUCGUACUCAUCCUCCUUCUUCUCGCACUUAAAAGCUCCCUCAUUAUCACCCACCAGCACCCCAUCACAGUUACAGCCAGUGCCAGGCCGGCGCAGAUACACACUAAUCCAAUCCGGGAAUAAAAAAGCAGCAGAUAAAAGUACAGUGUGUAUCUAUAGAUAUGCCCGAGGAAGAGUUAGCACGGCGGGGGGGAGUCUCCUGCGGGCUCCCCUUAAGUCAGUGAGUGAGUGACAGUCUCUGUUUACAAAGUGCUGAUGAGCUUUCCAACGAGUGCCUACUUUUUGAACGUGCCAUACCGAACAUAAGGAACAACGCAGAUCAUAAUGUUUACAUUUGAAUAUACAAGGGGGAAAAAAUACUGUUUAAGCGCCGCGAUCAGCACAGGAAUGUAAACGACUGCCUCGUACCUUAAAUCGAUCUCGAGCUAGAUGUUUUACAGGCCGAGUCUCGUCGAGACGAAAAAGCAUUUUUACAAAAUUCAUGCGCAUUCGACUCUGCCAUUCCAAAGCCAUUAGCAACAAUCAUUAAAAGCUACCCGUUAACUGUGUUCGCUACUGACCCCUUUUUUCCCUCGGCCAAAUUCCAUCUCACCAGCUUUUCUGAAUGAAGCCUCUGUUACGUUUUGAAUAUUCACGACGUUACUGGAAUCAGCUGGCGAACUAAAACCUGCACAAUAAAAGCUCUGUCCUAUAGUCAUGUAAAAAUGACGCCCACUGCCAAACUCCGAAUCCUUGCCCUGCUUUACCUUUUUACCGCCCCGCACACCACCGGGGAGGACAUCACCCCGUCCUCCACCCGGUCCGACCCCUCUAUCCCACAGUUCAACCCGAGGUCGGCUGCCCUUCGGAACAGGCUCAAAGUCCCCAAGAAAAUUCCGGAAAGCCCCUCAGAGGGAGUCCUGGAGGCGCCCCCUAAACCUAUGCCACAAGUGAUGUUCCCCAAGAAUGUGACAUCAUCCGAGGCCCUGGCCCCGCCCCUUGGCGCGGCCCAGGUGGCCCCUCGCCUCAUCGACGUGUGGAUGGACGUGUGUCAGGGUUACUACGACGUGAUGGGACACUUCGACAACUCGUUCAACUGCACCAAGGACACGUUCGUCUACUGCUGUGGGACAUGCCACUACCGCUUCUGCUGCCCCGACCGAAACCGGCAGCUGGAGCAGGAGAGCUGCAGGAACUACGACUCGCCCGCCUGGGCCAAGACCGAGUCCAACGCUUUGGUCACUGAGGAGGAGCAGGUCUCGGACCCGGACUUUGACCCGCUCAAGCAGCAGAGCCAUAACACAGGCUUCGUGAUCGGAGGCGUGGUGGUGUUCAUGGUGGCCGUGGCCGUGGGCAUCAAGGUGGUCUUCAACAAGGUGCAGCACGAGGCCCACCAGAGGGACCUCAAUAUGCCCAGAGCCCUGGUGGACAUGCUACGACACCAGUCCAGUCCGAGGCAGCAGGACGAGAGAAACAACAGCGUGGCUCUAACAGUGGGGGACAGCCAGGGGACGCUGGGGAGAGCUCCAAAAAACCUCUACGCUCCGGGACUGCCGAGCAAGGACAACAGAUUGGGCAACCUUCAGCACAAUUUUAUCCACACGUCAGGCUCCAGCCCCAAACACACUGCCACUAUCGAACGCACCCCUCGGAUGAACAACGCUCAGCUGGCAGCGGGUGGCACCUUGCUCUCCAGUAAACACAACAACACCAAAUCCCAGCCAUCCUUCCAUCACUCCCUGCACAACCUGGCUCAGCUGCCCCCCUCCUAUGAGAGUGCGACAAAGCCUGAACUCAACAGAUACUCCUCGCUCAAACGGCUCGAAAAAGGUCUCGAUGAGUACUCCUCUGGUUACUGCACCACCAAGCGACGCCCGCACACCGCCCAGCCGGCCCUCCAGUCCUCUCAGCACCACCUCCACUGGGGUGGGGACUACACCCUCAGCGGGAGAGGAACGCUGCCCAGGCACGCAGCCCGCCCCUGGAUUCCCCCGCCCCCGUCCGGCAUGCCCGCCUCACCCACCCCCAACCCCUACCCCCUGGACCUCCCGGAGCCCCAGUACAACCCCAACUACGACACCCUCUCUAAACCAAGGAAGGUAAAGUCCACCGACCAACUGCUCAACAUGGGCGAUGUCCCCGGGAAUACGGGGACCCUGUCCCGCCUUUCCAAGAACCAGCAGCACCAGUACUACAAAGCCAUGGCUGCCUCCGGUAAGAACUCCAACACGCAGACACUCACCCGCAAGACCCAGGAUAGGCAGGACAGGCAGGACAGGCAGGACAGACAGGACAGACAGGACAGGCAGGACAGGCAGGACAGACAGGAUAGGCAGGACAGACAGGACAGACAGGACAGACAGGAGAGACAUGAGAGACAGGAGAGACAGGACCGGCUGCUCAUGUCCCCGGACCACUUGGAGGAAAGAAUGGGCGGCAUAGGGGUGAUGGAUCCGUACGCCCACCCAGGAGGGGGCGUCCCCACCCUGCCUCGCCAGCAGAAGGCCCAGUCCCAGCAGAACGUGUGCGCCACCCCCUCUCUUGACCGCCAUCAUAUGAUCAAGAUGAACUCUCACCCGACAUCCGGAAGAGAGCAAGAGAGGAACCCGGGCGUGACCGGCCACAUCAGCGGGGGCAUGGGCUGGGCGGGGGAGAUGCCCGGCGCGGGUGUCGUCAUGGGAACGGGAACUCUAGGGGGCCACAACGCCCGCAGGAUGGCUUUCGCGACUAAACGGCAGAACACCAUCGAGCAGCUGCAUUUCAUCCCGGGCGGGGGCGGCAGCGGGUCUGGGGGGAGCGGCAGUGGGGGCGGCGGCAGUCAGGGGAUCAGGACAGGGAGCAAAAAUGAGGUAACAGUGUGAGGAGGCGUUGUGGCUAACGUAGAGCUCACAACUCGCCAUGGGACCAGAGCGCCCGUCUGCAUUUAAUCCACAGAUUCACAGCUGCCAGAAAUAGAAUUAAUAUUGUAACGGUAUAACAUACACUUCUCACAAAUGGUUAGGGAUAUUCAGCUUUUGGGUGAAAUGCACUCUAACCUUUACAUUCUGUUCUCUAACAAGGAGGUGAACAGCAACAAAUUGACAACAGGUUUAUUUUUGUAAUAUCCCAGGACAUCCACUUUCUGUGACUCUUCCAGUCUCUCUGUAUUGCUGCUGCAACUUACUGACGGCAACUCUGUGACAUUUUAAACUCAUUCUCUAGCUCUGUUGCAAAUAGUGAAUAUCUGCGAGUAAUUGACUCACUUCCUAAGAGGGUUUGUAAUUACCAUUAGAAGCCACAAGAUGACAGGAAAGGGCUACCUUUGUCUGAUUAAAGCUACUCGACUAACUUAAAAUGGUUUCCUUGGCACCAAAAUACUGUUAUUGCUUUGUUCUGAACACAAAAACACAGACUCUGUGAGUUUUUCAGCAAAUAACAAAGGAUAGGUUCCCCCCAAAAAUUCAUGAAUAGGCAAGUUUAUGAAUGUUGAACCGCGAAUAUGUGGGGGUUCACUGGACUGUUGCUCACUUGUUAGGCGUUGUCUUGGUCUUGUCUUGUCAAAAUGUAAACAAUUAAAGAGGACUGCUUAAAUACCAAUUCUAAUUGAACUGGGAAAUGUUUUGGACCAUUCAUGGAUCAAACACAUGAUGUGAAUUUUGCCAUUCCGCUUUUUUGUUAGAGAAUAGCAAGUAAAAACACACGAACAUGAAACAGUUGGACAUGCCAUUCAAAAGUUUAGACAGGCUCAAAUUAAGUUGCGCUGUAAAGGUUGCAGUGCAUUCUAGGUUCAUCCUGAAAUUUCACCCCAAAGCCUGAUAUCCCUACUUUUUGGUGAGUAGCGUAUUUAGGCUAUUCUAAUUGGUGUUGUAGUGAAACAGCUUAAAUAUGACCACUUCUUUAAAAAGUUAGGAGCGCUCCAAUUGUGUGAUAGCAUACAUCAGCCAUAUUUUGUAAGUGAAUUUACCAUCUUUGCCAUAUACACAGCAGUGCCAUUACUUGCACAGAGCGGUAGGGUGGAACAAAGCAGUACAUGUACAGUAGACAGUUUUAAAAAAGCACUCAGGAGCCAUAUUAGAUAAGAUAUAUAUAUAUAUAUAUAUAUAUAUAAAAGGACUGCUAAAGAGAAGAGGACCAUGUGGGAUAGAGAAUUUAUUAAAGAACAGUGCAGACUACCUGCUUGGCCAGCCCUCGCCUACAAUGAUUUAUUACAGAGACGAUUCUCGUGGGUGAGCAGCAAGACAUUAGUCUGACCUCCCCACAGGGAGAAAAUAACUCGCGUCGCUUCCUGUCCGCAAGAGUGACUUUUCUCUGACUUUCUGGGAUAACGGAGGAGCCAGGACGCCGCAUGCAUUUAAACUGUGGACAGACACCGAUCAGUCCGAUGCCCGGGUUGCCUAGUUUGCCAUGCGACCUUAGCUUUGAGGAGGAAGUCUCACCGAUCGUCGCUUUGCACUGCCAAAUGUCUCAAGACGGUAUCAGACGACGACAGCGUCCCAUUGUUUAAAAUCAGGACCUGACUGCAAAAACAAAUGGGCUAUCAAAUAACCAAGAGCCAUGAUUACAGUGGAUAUAAAGAAGUCUACACACCCCUGUUCAAAUGCUAGGUUUUUGUGAUGACAUCAAGAUAAAUAAUUUCAAAACUUCUUCCACUUGUUCCAGCAUUAAUGGGACCCAAAAUCUGUCAACUUAGUUUAAAAAAAAUCUUUUAGGGGAAUUAAAAUCAAACAAUGGUGAUAACGUUGUUGAUAAUGAUAAGUGUGCACACCUUAUUAUAACUGGGUAUGCGGCUGUGUUCAGAAUUAACCAGUCACCUUCACACUCAUGUUAAAUGGGAGUCAGGACUCAGAUGCCAACUUUAAAAGUGCCUCUGAGUAACCCCAGAUAAAGUUUGGAUGUCUUAGUAGGCUUUUCUUACUUUUAAAAUGAUUCAUCUCAGUCAUUUGAACAGGGGUGUGUAGACUUUUGAUAGGCACUGUACUUAACAAUUGCCAACUUGCUUUGAUGUAUCUGAAGAUUCUGUUUUCCUUUUGUUUUUGUAUGGAUUUAAACAGAGCACAAAUAGACCACUGUCGCAGAGGUUGCACAUACCCAACAUGUCCUUCAAAGCCAUUUUAUGGAGAUACAAAGAAAAAUACCACAGAGGAAGCUGGUCUGACAAUCACCAUUUUAAUGCGUUUCACCAAUUCGAAACAAGCGAGACAUAAUCUGUACAGGCACAGGAGACUCGGGACAACCAGGAAGCCCUUUCCAAACAUCCUCCCACGCAAAGACCCCGCUGUAUCAUAACGCACUGCAGCUAGUAGAGAAUGACAACACGCACACAAAAAUAACCCCAAUAAACAAUAACAACGCUUAUCAGUACUAAGGGCUAUCUUAUCCUUAUAGACUGUAGUAUGUGAUAUCUGUGGUCCAUAUAUGAAGCUAUCUCUUUCUCUCGAUUUUGUGUUAAUAUUGUCAUUGAGUAUUGAGUAUUCAUGUAGAAAAAGAGUCACAACACAAGAGACUGAAAUUUGCACAAAUAAACUAGCUUGCCCCUCAUAUUUUGCGGAAGGGAUGUAUUUUUUUUCCUCCACUUUUUAAUGACAAAGGGAAUUCAACCACUGGCUUUUCUCUACGAAAGGAGACACAGAUUUCAUUCGAACAAUCUUCCUAUACGCAGUGCUUAAUGUAGUUGUUAUGAAUAUGAUGGAGUGUUCUUAUUGAAGAUUAUUAUAAUUGUUAUGGUUGUUAUCAACAUUUAUCUUAUGAUGUGAUGUUCAUUUACUUGGUGGGGUUUUGGUGUUUAUUGUUUUUGGAUCACUUUUAGCAUCCUUCAUUAGUUUUUCUAUGUUCAAUACAUGUGGUUCCUUGAUGCAUGCCUGGCUCCAUUCCUUUAAGAAGCAUUUCUCGUACGUCUGGACUCUAUGGUCAUUUUCUUAUUUCUAGCUGUACGUACUGUGCCUAGACAUCGGCCUUAUGGCUUCUUGAUCUCAUUUGAUUGCCUGGGUUGACACAGAAGUUCCAAAAAGAAUCUGCUGGAGUAGUUUGGGAUGGGGAUUUUAACGCCACCAGAAGAGCAAAGGCCCCUUGUUUGAUUCUCAUGAUUUAAAACCUGUGAAUCCAUUAUACAUGAAUGAUGUUUAUGAUCAUUUGAUGACAUGUUUAAGUCUGAGUAGGUCUGGUUUAAAAACAUCAGUGUGGUUUUUUUUCUUCAGGGAAAUAGACCCUUUUCACGGUGAUGUCAUACCACUUCCACUCUGUCUUAGUGUCACUCCUGCGCCGUAUUUGAUUAUUUAAUAAGAUGUAAACAAAUUGAUAACCAAAGGUUAAGGGAAAUCCAGCAUGGUGGUUUCCCGCUCCGGUCCAGUUUCUCGACUGCACACUAGUUUAUGUUUCUGUUUUUAAUUUAAGUCUUUUUACAUGAACUAAUACAAGCGAUGCAAGUGAAGGUAGGACAAAGCGUAUGUGUUCUGACGUCACAUGUAAAGGGUUUAUUACAUAGAGAGUGGUUUUAGUUUUUUGUUUGUUUGUUUGUUUGUUUGUUUAUCAAUUUGAAUAGAGCCACAAAAGGUUUGUAGCAAAGUCUGUAAACUCUCACAAGCCAUAUCCACCAAAACUCAUGUUCUCACACUUUUCUAAAUGGUUAAUCUAAUUUGUGCAAGUAUCGUAUUUUGUAUAGCUAGUACAAUCAGAAAACUAUUUUGAGUGAUCUCUUCAUUAAUUUGAUCAUUAAAAAGCAAAUUCUGUGUUAGUAUUUAAUGAAUUGUACAGUGCCAAACUCAUAACAUUUGCAGUCUUGCUUAUUGUCACGGCCUCCUGUGUGGCUACAGUGGUACACUACUGUAUAUCUUUUUCAAUGCUGAGCGCUAACUAACAAUACAGUAACGUAAGGGACUUUAUUUUGGAGAGAAAUGAAUGAAUAUGGUGUGUGUUUUGAACCAUUAUGAAUUCGUUUGGAGUGAGGAUGCUUAGUGGCCUCUUUAAAUUGCAAACAAAAGCAUUUCCAAAAGUACAUGACAAUUGUAAGGACAAGAAUGGUGUCCAGUAGCCUAAAAAUGAAUUUAUUUUCAUGAUUCUAAUUUUCAAACAACUUUAUUUUGGUUAUUGCUCAAUGCAUCCACCCCCUUGGAUACGACAGCAACUUACAGAGAAUUUGCAUAAUAAAGUUGGUGGGAAAUAUA